AUGGCCAGAGAAAUCACCGACAUCAAGCAAUUCCUAGAAUUGACCAGAAGAGCCGACGUCAAGACCGCUACCGUCAAGAUCAACAAGAAGUUGAACAAGAACGGCAAGCAGUUCAGACAGACCAAGUUCAAGGUCAGAGGCUCCAAGACCCUGUACACUUUGAUUGUCAACGACGCCGGGAAGGCCAAGAAGCUUGUCCAGUCUUUACCUCCAACUUUGAAAGUCAACAAGUUAUAA